AUGUAUGCGAACCUGAAGGAUGUCGGCUGGAUGUACCACGGAGUCCCUUUUUGCAAGAAAAAAGGACCAGUGUUUGUGCCGCCUAUUUCACAGAUUCCGGAUAUCGGUUGUAUGCCAGAAGAGGCCUAUCCAAAAUGUGAGCCCCAGACCAUAUUUAAGUCAACUGAUUCGCCCUAUAUUCGCCUGGCCAAAAUGGGAGGUCGUCCAGACCUGCUUUGCUUUAAAGAAAAUGAGCCGUACAAAGGACCUGCCGCUCCGUAUUGCCGCUGCGAUUGGUAUUAUUUAGAGGAUAAUAAGCAAGAAGAUGCUGAGAAUGCGCAACCGCAGAAGAAGCAUGUUUUCAAGGUCCCGUUCUACAUGACGCAUCCAGAGAACAAGAAACCUGAAGUGCUAACAAAACCCAUUGUACAAUCCACCCCGCCGGAACUGCCACCGCCGAGAAAGGCAGUCAAGUGCCGCAAACUGCCACCACAUCGACCAGGCUAUGCAGAUUACAAUAGAAAACCAACCAAGAUUGGUAUCGCCUACAAACCGCCCGUGCUCAGCACACCGGUCACAUUUCCAAAGCGCGAUGUGCAAGAAUGUGAUCCCACCACAAUGCCCAAACUGAUGGCGAACGCCUAUAAAUCGGAUUAUGACGAGUACCGAAAACAAUGGAAGGAAGUGUUCAAUUACUACAAGGAUAAAGAUGAGUGUAAACAAACAUAUGAGCGGGCGAAAUCGAAACCGAAGCCGAGGUCACAACAACCAAAGCGAAACGCGCAAGCCUAA